AUGUCGCCGGCAAGGCGAUCGAGGUUGUGGACUAAGGGCGACUCGACAGAUGUCACGUGGGAAGGCAGCAACAAUGACAGGAAGAGAGGGCACAUCAUGAUCAUCAGGCCGGUAGAGCACGCCUACAUCUUAUCUGGGCAGAUGAUGCUGAGCUUUACGGUGGGGCGCUGGCUACUUCAGAGGCGCUGGCCGCUCGUUAUGUUGAUCACUGUGGGUUUGCUUCUACACACAGGAACCUUUUUCGGCUUCCUUUCCAGCACGGCAGAGGCACAGGUUUCAAGCUUUCUUGUGAAGGUGUCUACUCCGACAGCUGCUUCUUGGUGUAUGCACGCCGCCACGACAGUUUGCUGGGGGCUCGCAAUUCUGGUGGUGUUGACACGCGUGCAUAGCCAAUUGUUGUGGAUGACCUUGCGGACCUUUGACCCAUGGGCCGUGAUAGCUUGUGCGCUGCGUGGGUGGGGUGCCCUAGCGCUAUCCAGAAUGUCCCUUCAUCAUGACGUUGCGCAUCGCAUGGAGGACGUCUUCGAUUUGUUCAAUAUGCUGGAGCUGUCGGUUCUGAUAGUCAUAGUUGAGGCGGCAGAUCUGCCCAAGAGUGUCCAGAAGAUGUUCGUGGCAGCAUGUCUCGUGUACAGUUGCGUCCUGGCCACAGCAGCUCUUUUCAUGGAGCAGCUUCCCAACUGGGACCCACAUGCAAACCUCGACUUUCUGUUUUUUGCGUCCAUGUCGCCGAAGAGUCAGUUCAUUGGUGCAUACAGCACCAUGGCGAUUCUCUUGUUUAAGGCAGCUGGAAGCGUUAUCCUGAAUCCCAAUCACUUCAUGUUCCUGCGGUGUCCUCUGAUGUACUGCCUGGACGAGGUGGAUGCGUCCUUUGCCAAACUGGCUCGGACGGAUCCUGCUUUCAUACUGUAUUCAGACUUUCACGAGAUACUGCUGGAGAUGGGUGUUUCAGACAGCCACAUUCUUGCUGGCUUCAAUGCUCUGGAUCUGCAUAACACUGGAAUCGUCACUCGCCGAGAUUUUCGGCAUUGCAUGAAGGAGGUGUUCUUGGAGUGCCCAGGUGCUUCGCAUGAGUCUCUCUUGACCAGACUCUGCCAGAAUGCAUUUGCAAGCAACACCGGCUUUGAGUCACUGGAAAGCAUGAUGGGAUUGAUUUUAGCCCAGUGGCGCCAAAUCAAGCUGGACGAGCUCGGCACGAAGAUUUACAUCUACUUGAUGCUUGAAGGAAACGUGCAGAGCCUCUUCAAAACGGUGAAUGUCAGAGUUCAAGCUUUGCUCUUCGCAGCCUUUGUUCAAGUUGUCUUAACCUGGCUUCAGGAGAAGAACUUUCGAGUUAUCGAGAGGGACAUUACGUCCUUGGGUAUGCGGCAUAUCGGCUAUGGAGUGCAUCCGUGUUACCUGUGCCUGUUUCAGUUGGCUUUGCUCCGGGCCCUUGAGGACCUCUAUGGCUUGUCUGAACGGGCAGAGAUGGCCUGGUCUGUGGUAUGGCUUCGCUUCGUUGCGGCUCCCUUCACACAAGGGCGCCUUUGUGCGGAGGACACAAGCCGCAAGACCGUUGCUUCGACUGUGCGCAGUCUCCUGCAGAAGGCCUCGGCCGACGAGAGGUUCAUCCCCAGCCUAGCUGCCAACUUGAACAAAGUGCCGGCGGGUCACCACAACUGGACGGAGACAAUCUUCAGGGAUUCGGAGCACGAGCUAAGCCACAUGUCGAUGCUUGCAUCCUUCCUGGAAGAUACGGCCGACAAGCUGCUCAAUGAAGACGUGCUCAGUGCUCGACGCAGACUUCGGCAGGUCGUAUCCAUCCACUGGGACCGUGGCAUUUUUCCUCGGCAUAUGCUCACGUUCCAGUACGCUGCCACGAUAACUUUUCGAGACAUCCUUGGCCCGCAGGUCUUCGAUGACAAGGCAGAGUCCUUGUGGGUCGUCUUCUUCCAGAUGGAGAUCAUGGAUACCUUGCUCCUUGCACCAUUUGCCGAGACGCACGACAAGCUGGAAGCAUGGGUGACGACAUGCAAGAUGCCAUACGUAGACCAGAAGGCAUGGGACUCGCUCAUGAAAAUGGCCGGGGUUCAGGACGAACUAUCUCACCAAGGGUAUCAGCGUUUGUGUGGUGAGAGCUGGAAAGAAGCCGCCAAGAUCACCCCGGAUGACGUCCUCAGGACGCUCUGCGAUGAAAGCAUGCACCACCCUUCCUGGAAAUUCGAGAGGGUCAUUCGGAGUUACUGCUCCGCAAAAGCGGUCGUGACGUUGCUGGAGUGA